AUGGAGUUUAUGCUUUGCUUCAUCGGCACUGGGAUUACGGUGAUUCCCAAGUUGAAGUGUUCAGAUCCAGCUUUCAGGGGCGUCACCACCACCCCGACUGGCGGAGCUAGCGGCGUGGCGGUAGACAGCAAUGGCCAGCCCGCCAUUCCCGACGCCUUGAACAGCCAGUCAUCGCUGACCGUUACUCUCUUCGCCAUCAACGCCGGCUCCAAUACGCUGAGCAUGCUCUCCAUCUCCCCCUCCGACCCAACCGACCUCCGCCUCGUGGGCAAACCUGUCCCCAUCCCCGGCGACUUCCCCAACACCGUCGCCGCCUCCUCUAAGCACAACCUCGCCUGCGUCGGCGCAACCGGCGUUCGCGCCGGCUAA